AUCAUGAUAUGGACAAGAGAAAUCCACCUGAAAACCAUAUUACUGUCACACAGACAGGUCAUUUGAUUGAUGAGCUUUUUUUCGGUCUUGACGCACCAUAUAUUUUAACAUGGGAUGGACGUAUACCCGAUUUUCGUUUACGAGUUAUUAUUCCAAAGAGAAAAGUUAAAACCAUGGUUGGCGAAAGUUGUCGAAAUGGUGCUGAUGAAAAUAAAGUAACAGGAGAUCGUGAAAAAAUGAUAAGAAUGAUGAAGGAUGUUAAAGAACGACUAGAAAGGGAAUUAGUCAAUUACAAAACCACAGACAUUAAUUAUGAGAUCAGAGAACAAUUUAACGACAUAGAUCUAUUCGCUAUUCAAUCAAUUGGUUACACCAAACUUGCCUUGUUUAUAUUUGAUUUGGUAGGCGGGAUAUUUUAUCGGUUACGAAAAUUCGCGGUUGUUUCUAUCCCCUUUUCACCAUCUCAAGCAGAAGAUGUGGAAAACUUUAUAUUUACUUUACUCAAGUUUCGGAUUAUUAAGAUUAAUGAAACUGUAAGAAAGUAUCGAAAAGAACUGUAUUCAAUUAUUAGUAACACAUCUGAAUAUCGCCAGAUGCUUCCAAAUUAUGUUACACCGCUUUCACCUCCACACGAUUGA